GCCAUCAUGCCUCGUCCAUCAUCAUCAGCAUCAGCCGGCCCUCAGCGCUCAUCGGUGCCUUCAGCAGGAGGUGACGGCGACUUUCAGGCAUUCUUUGGCAUGGGGAUGGACCACCAAGCACCACCAUCACAGCCGCAGCAGCAUCAGCAUCAGCAUCACCGCCAACAGCAGCGGCCACAGACACAGCAGCAGAAGAAUGCUCAAGCGUGGCAGAACCAGGGAACAGGAGCACAGAGAGCGAGACCUGCACCACUGACCCCUCCCCUGCUGGUCAUAUCCCUGUCAGAGAUCGUUCUGGACACAAGGCCGACUGAAAGUUCCAUUCUUCAGAAGCAGGAUGUCACCUCAGAAUCAGCAGCGUCAUCCAGCGACCAAUCCCCAGCUGCCAAGUGGCGCAAGGUGGUGGCGUCCAUGGCAUCGCACAGGGGAUGGAUGCAGCGGCAGCAUGUGGGCCCACUGCCGCCCAACUCUCUGGAGCAGGUCAAGUCUCUUUCUUUCGCUCGUCCAUCCUUCCUUCCUCUCUCCUUUUCUCACAUGUGCUUGCAAGUUGGCACUUAUCUGCCUUUAACUGUGCAGCUGCUGAGUGUGGAGCUGGUCACGUCAGUCUUCAUCGUUCAGCUCUCGCCGCUCAUUGCCAAGGAGGUGUCCCGCCUUGUGCACACUUUAAACGAGACCUUUGCAAGCACUGGAGACCUCUCCUCAACCAGCAAGGAACCGCCACCACCCCCACCUGUUACACCUGGAGCACACCAGCUCGGGUGGAGGUUCUCCUUAAAGGGAGGUGGUUUCCUGGUCGAGGCGUGUCAGGAGAUGGUGCCGCACAGCAAGGCUGACUGCCCGUACGGCGUGUGCCGCUGCCGCCAGUGGGUGCCUUCGUCUGACACCGCUGUGGUACUCGUCUCCACCGCCAAGGACCUGCGCGGAUGCCCCCCCAGCACUUCCAAAUCAGUUCCUCCAACUGCUGCUGCUGCUGCUGCUGCUGCUGCUGCUUCUUCUUCUUCUGCUGGAGGUUCUGCUUCAGCUGUGGAAGGCCAGCGCCAUGAGCCGGUGGUGGUGGUGUUCCGAGUGAGGCUGGACAAGAUUCGAGUGGAGGCAGAGCAGCACAAUGAUAAGAUCGCGAUGGUGCGGGAACUGUUUCCACCUGGCAAGGCCAUGAUGGCACGGGUGUUCUACCGAUGGCGCCUUCAGACAGUGGUGGCGAGGGGUUGCAGCGAUGAGGCCAUAUUUGCUGCCUACGAGUCGCUCCAGCGGGCCAAGGCUCAGCCAAUCUUAACCCUCUUACUUGAACCUCCUGCUGUAGACGAUGCUGCUUCCUCCUUUCCACAGCCACUUCACCCAUCCCCUCUUACAUCUCACUCGUGUUCAACCCAUUUUUCUACCACACCACCACCCACCCAUCCGUGUCCUGCUGCAGUGACACCAAUAACCUAUCCGCGGUGCUCACCUUCCUCACUCACCUUCAAGCCGCUAUCUCUCGGAACCACCUCUGCUCCACGGGGUCCCUCAAAUUCCCGAGCUCGCCAGAUGCUGACUUUUGGAAGCAGCGAAGUGGAGAGGGACUCGUGGGGCGAGCCCACACCCACUGCUUUACCCUCCAGCCGCCCGACUUCUUCGUCUGGCCGGUCGCGUGUGUCUUUUAGAGAUGCAGCAGAGGACAGCGUGGAAAGCGAAGAUGAGACGGAGGAGGCACAAGGCGGGGAGAGGUGGUCUGGGAAGCAGGUGGGGGAUGGAAUGGCAGAUGGUUCCGAGUUCGGGCCUCGCGUGCGGAGGACUGGGGGUGGGAAGCGGUUGAGCAUUGGAGAGCUGCCCGUUGACGGAAGCGAGGCAGGCACGGAUGUUGACGAGGAUAAUGAGAGGCAAGGAAAUAGAGUGUCUCUGGAUGAUAGCCCCCUCGAUAUCCUGGGUCCGUGUUCUGAAUGGCACCCUAAUGGAGCGCCCUGGGAGGGCAUGAGUGAGAGGAGAACACGAGGAAGGAGCAGGGAUGGUGGAGAGAAGGACGGGAGAGGUGAAGGGUGCCGUGUGUAUUCAACGAGCGGUUGGAGGGAGAGGAGGAGGGGUUGGCAGGGAAGCAGUGGGGAGGGAGAGGCAGCGGGUAGCGAUGCAACGAGUGAAGUGUGGAAGCUGCAGGCGGAGCUGGGAUGUGGAAUGGUGAUCAUGUCCAUUGGGGGAGUUUCUUUUGGCAGCGUCAUCAUGCAGAGGGUGAAGGUGGAUUUGACCUCGCAGCCAGAUGCCGUGGAUGUGGACCUGACAGUGGGCGAUCUGGAUGUGGUUGACAUGCUCGCCAACUCCAAGCACUACGCUCACAUUUUUGAGCCCAACGGAGACCUUCCAAGCCUGAACCUCGUUGUUCGGCAGAACAUGGUGCAGCGAGGGCCGAACCUACCUGCCAAACCUCAGGUGUGUGUGUUUGUGGAGAGCCAGCAGACGAGGAUGACGGCCAUCUUCCGCUUCUUCAACGACUUUGCUCUCUUCGUGGAGCGGAUGGCCCCCAUAUUCUCAACCCCCCAGGCAUCCGGUCCAUCCAAAAAAGACGGCGUCUCAGCCAAGGGCCAGGAUGGCAAGAGGGAGGGGUUUAAGCAGGGUAAAGGGGAGGGCAAAACAGCUGGGGAUUCAGAGGGAGGUGAUGCGCCUCCACUGGUGUUUCUGCACAUCUCUGACCUGUCUCUCUGCCUUCCAGUGUCGUCAUGGAGCGAGGAGUCUCUGGAUGUGCGAGUCGAGACCAUCAACCUCAUCGUUCCCACUCCGGCUUCUCAGCGCCUGUCCCAGCACACACUGCUCAGACUCGCAACAGGCAUCCGCCCGCGGGACCCCUCCUUCUGGAAGCCGCUGGUGGAUGCUCUGGACCGCUCCCCCCCCGCUUCCCCCGACUCCAUUGGCAUUCAGCUCUCCCGCUUUGGGGCCUACUGCUGCGUUGAUGUGAACUUCUCUCUUGGCAGGGCAGAGGCCCUGUGUAUGCAUCUGUUCUUCUUACCAUCUGUGCCUCCUCCCCCACCUUCUGAUCCUUGCCUUCUCAUCCCUGUGCCCUCACUCGCCGCAUUCUCUGGCAUGCCUGCUUGUCCCUGCUCUCAACAGACCAUCACCCCCAAGGUGGAGCGAAACAUCGUCUCUGAGGGUGGUGUCUUCAUCUCCGUGCAGUCGAACCCAUCACGUGUGCACGUGCACUGGCCUCAGGUGGAGAUCCGUCUGGGCCCCACUCAGUACAACGCCAUCAUGACCCUCAUCUUCCAGAACCUCGCAGAGGGCUGCUCCUUCACAGACGACCAGGUGCACAACCCGCAGGUGGGUCGGCCCUUGGGUGGGGAGGCUGCUCCUCCGGACCCCUGCGUCAGCCUGGCAGGGCUCACCCCCGACUUGGAGAUUCAGCUCGACUUCGGCCGCGCUGUCAUCCAUGCCGAGAUGGAACACCCAGCCACUCUGGUUGAGAAUGGCUUCGGCGACCCCCUUUUGUCCUUGAGAGCGCAUCGCCUCACCAUUGUCUACUCCAACUUUACUGAUUUCUCGCAAGUGACAGUCAAGGCGUUUCGCCUGCUCUUGGUGGACGACCGCUUCCUCAAAUUUUCGCAGUCGGAGCUGACCCUCGUCGAGACCAGCAGCUCGCGAGCCAAGCCGUCUCCCACCUCAGCUUCCGCAUCCACCCGACUCUCCACACCCCCCAACCAUACCCGCCCAUACACCACCCUCAUGGGUGGCGAGUCCGGACAAGGCCUUGGGUGCGACCUGGACAGGUCGUUUCUGGUGAACGUGGUGAUGAAGCAGGAGGGCACGACGGGCGUGCAGGUGGUGUUUGAGCGCACCAGCAUCGUCUGGCCGUUCUACACGGACCUGUCUCUCGUGUGGGAGUUUCUGGAGGUGGUGGCAGGGUACUUUCAGAAGCCGGGGUGUGCGCUCGGGCCGGCCAGCCUGCAGCCGGAUUCGUGGCUCAUGGUCAACAUCCUGCUGCACGACUUUGAUUUGUUGCUGCCCGUCCCAGAGGAGAGCCUCAUCAACGUCUGCCCGCCUCCCUCCAGCUCCCAGCACUCCAGCCCGCCUCAUGCCAACCCUCCUCUCGCCACCCCAUCACCAAUAACUGCUGACUCUUUUCCAGCCUUCCACUCCCCCCAAUCCCGCAUGCCUACUCCCUCCACUCCGUCUGACCGCUUCUACGAAGCUUCGGAGGCUCUCCCUGCCAGCCGACGCAGCGGCAGUGUAGGUGCUGGGGGUGCUGCUCCUGCUGGCAGUGGCUUUGACAGGAGUGGCAGCAGUGGCAGUAGUGGCAGCGGGCAGUUUGAGAGUGCAAGGAACACGUUUGAGGAGCCAGUGUGGGUGCCGGCGCUGCAAGUGUGGAGCGACGAUGUGGACCUCUUUCUCUCAGAGCUCAAUUCCCACGGUCUCAAGAUUAGAGGGCAGACUUUAAGAGUGGGGCAUUUUGCAGGAGGGGACCGGGAGAGCAAACUCCUGGUGGACUUUAUCCGCGUCAGCAGCGUGUUCAUUCACCAGUCUCAGUACUUUGCCCCUCACGAUGUUCUUGGGGAAUUCACUGCUCAACUGCUGUUCAGCCAGCAUUCUCCCAAGUGCAUCAAUAGGCAAGCCAGCCUGCUGUCGCUGCACAUCACACCUGAUCUCCACCCGUCACUCUCCUCAUCUGCACCUUCUCCGUCUGCUUGCUGCUCUCUCUGCCUCCUCCACCGGAGGGCAAUCCAGCGGCAGUGCCAUCAACAUCUGGUGGUCCUAAGCUCGUUCCUUCGAACGCUCAGCAUCCGCCUGAAGCGCAGCCAGGGCAACCUGCUGCAUCAGAAUCUCGACCUGUAUGGGGACCCACUGCCUCCUGCCUUUGUGCCGUCCAAGCUGGCCGUCAACCUUCAAAUUCACAAGCUCUUCGUCUCUCUCAUCGACGACAGGAUGGGCAAUCCCACGUCAGUGCUGGAGCUGGUGGCGAAGGGCAUCGUCUUCAGCGCCACCAGCCAGAUCCUCACCGAUGGAGGGCCCGAGCUGCUCUCCUGCCGCCUCUCCCUCACCCUCCUCUCCAACUUCCUCAACUCCGGCUUUGAGAUCAUGGAGCCAAUGACGGAGGCAUGGCAGCUGGGAGCCGAUGUGAAGUCCACGGGCAAUCACGUGACGAUAGCGGUGCAGUCGCACCAGCUGCUGAACGUCACGUUCACGCCCAUGCAGCUGCGCUCGCUGGGAGACGCCCUUAACUUCUACACGCUGCUCUCCAACUCGCUGCUUGUGCUGCCGGGGGGCAGCCUGCAUGGAAGCGACCGUGACGAGGCAAUGAGCAUGCUGAGGGCACGUGAGUACUUCCCCAAGUCAGGAACCCUUGCAGAGACACUGGAGGCGUCACUGCAGGAGGUGGCGGUGGGAAUGGUGAGCUACAGAAUCGUCAACCUCUCAGGCCACACGCUCUACUACUGGACUGAGAAGGACGAGGAGAAGUCUAAGACAUACUCAAUGGAGGAGGGCGAGGAGCAGGUGCUGGAGGUGCAGCCGGUGCAGAAGGUGGUCACUCUCAGGGACACGCGCAAGAUUCUCGCGCGCACCAUCUGUGUCAAACUCAAGGGGGACUGGCUGCCCAUCAACGACAUUGUCAUGGAUAAGGUGGGCAAGUACGUGAUGGACCUGCGGCUGCCAGGGGAGCACAGUGGUGCUGCCGGUGCUCUGGGCGGUCAACUCAUGGCCCAGGCAGAGGUGCGUGAUGACAUGAUUCUAGGGCUUUGCGCGGGCAGAGAAGGACGUGGUAGCACUGCAUCCAGAGCACCUGCUGGAGCAGGCGAUAGCAAGCACACCUCUUCUUUUUACUUCCGUCUUGUCAUUUCCCAACCAACCAACCCCCCCACCCUCUUCCCUCCCUCCCCCGUCUCCUCCUCCUCCUCGCAGGGCUUUGCGCGGGCAGAGAAGGACGUAGUGGCGUUGGACCCAGAGCACCUGCUGGAGCAGCAGGGCCUCCUCGAGUUCCCCAUUCUCAGCCACGGCACCCGCUCCCCAAUCGUGGGCAGAGGCAGCAGCGGCGGCAGCAGCAGCAAGCUGCUCACCCGCUUCAGCAGCAUGACGCGGAGGCAUAGUGACAGCGGGGGAAGUCUGAGACUGAGUGAACUUGGGAGUGUGAGGAGGGGGAGCAUGGCAAACGAAGGAGAGGAUGAGUUUGAUAGGAGCAGUGGUGUGGGUUCCUUAGAGGAGUUUGACAGUACGAGUGAUGUGAGGAGGCCGUUUUACUGCUGUCUGCAGGUGAUCUCAGAUCCUCUGGCACACAGUGCGAGCAACGGGCUGUAUGAGGAGUUCACUCUGUCCUUCGUGCCCCCUGUGGCCAUUCAAAACGGGCUGCCAUACGACUUGGAGGCAUUUGUGUGGGAUGUGGAGUGGGGCACGCGGCACAUCGUCUACGUGCCUUCUGGCGAGUCCCGAGACCUCUACCACGUCAGCCUGGACCACACGCUGCAGAUGCACAUCGCGCUCUUCGUGCCAGGAGGGGAGUACAGAACGCGCCGCCGGUACCCCAUCCACUUCCCUCCCAACCCCCUGCUCCAGAAGCAGUUUGGCAGCCGAGCCUUUGCUUACGACGUCCGCACUCUCCGCCUGGCAGUCAAGUGCCGCCUCUUCCCACAGCACUCCCCUGCAGCCUCGCCCAUCACCCUCUCCAUCGACAACCGCCACAACUGGCAGUCACGCAACCGCAGCAUUUCUUUGCUCGCGCACUACUGGGUCAUCAACCUCACCAAGUUCCGCCUCAAGCUUUCCACUGGAUCCUCCCAGAACCCUCUCGACUGCCCGCGCUAUCAGGAGGGCCAGCCGGCCCUGCUGAAUGUGCGCCGCGGGGCGAUCACUGCGAUCAGCUUGGAUGGGUUUCAUUGGUCGAAGUCGAUCUCGAUAGAUUCUGUCGGGAUCAAGGGGUCGGUUGCGGUUGCAGGGCCUGCGUCCACAGCGUCACAGCACCACCAGCAUCACUCACACCCAGAUCAUGAUUUGAUGCGGCCGCAGACGACCGAGGAGUGGGAGAACGUGGUUCAGCUGGAAGCUCCUGCUGGCGCUCCCUCCCGCCGCACCACUGCCAUGUCACCUUUCCCAGUCAGUUUCUCUACUGCUUCUGGCCUUUUCAACUGCUUUAGCAGAUGCCUGAACACCUCCAUUCUCCCUCUAUGCCCCCUUCUCCCCUUCGCCCAUCUGCCUCCCUCUUCAAACCCUCCCAUUCACCACAACUCCACGCGCCACACCACCUCCGCCAUGUCACCAUUCCCACUCAGUGUCUCUGCCUUCUCGGGCAUCUCUGAAUGCUUCGGCAAUUAUCACCUCCAGGCCCAUUCUCUGAAUGGACCAAGUCGCGCGCGCAAACCAAGGCGCGCGCGCGGACCGAGUCGCGUGCGCGCACGGACCGAGUGGCGCAAGCGCGCAGACCAAAAGGCGCGCGCGCGCGGACCAAGUGGCGCGCAGCGCGGACCAAGUGGCGCGCAGCGCGGACCAAGUAGCGCGCGCGCGCGCGGACCAAGUGGUGCGCGCGCGCGGACCAAGGGGCGCGCCCACGCGGACCAAGGGGCGCGCCCACGCGGACCAAGGGGCGCGCCCGCGCGGACCAAGGGGUGCGCGCGCGGACCAAGUGGCGCGCGCGCGCGUGCGGACCAAGUGGCGCGUGCGGACCAAGGACGCGCGCGCGCGCGGAACAAGAAGCGCGCGCGCGCGGACCAAGUGGCGCAAGCGCGCGCACCAAGGAGCGCGCGCGCGGACCAAGUAGCGCGCACGCGUGGACCAAGUGGUGCGCGCGCGGACCAAGUGGUGCGCGCGCGCGGACCAAGGGGCGCGCCCGCGCAGACCAAGGGGCGCGCACGCGGACCAAGUGACGCGCGCGCGCGGACCAAGUGGCGCGCAGCGCGGACCAAGUGGCGCACCCGCGCGGACCAAGGGGCGCGCGCGCGCGUGGACCAAGGGGCGCGCGUGCGCGGACCAAGUGGCGCGCCCGCGCGGACCAAGUGGCGCGCGUGCGCGGACCAAGUAGCGCGCCCGCGUGGACCAAGUGGCGCGCGCGGACACCAAGUGGCGUGCGCGUGCAUGCGGACCAAGUGGCGCGCGCGCAUGCGGACCAAGUGGCGCGCGCGCAUGCGGACCAGGUGGCGCACGCGCGCGCGGACCAAGUGGCGCGCGCGCGCGCGGACCAAGGCGCACGCGCGUGGACCAAGUAAUGCGCGCGCGCGCGGACCAAGUGACAAGUGCGCGCGCGUGGACCAAGGGGCGCGCACGUGCGCGGACCAAGAAAUGCGCGCGCGCGGACCAAGGGGCGCGCCCGCGCGAACCCAAGAGCGCGCGCGCGCGGACCAAGUGGCGCGCGCGCGCGGACCAAGGGGCGCGCCCGCGCGCGGACCAAGGGGCGCGCCUACGCGGACCAAGUGGCGCACCCGCGCGGACCAAGGGCUGCGCCCGCGUGGACCAAGGGGCGCGCACACGCGGACCAAGUGGCGCGCAGCGCAGACCAAGGGCCGCGCACGCGCGUGGACCAAGGAGCUCGCGCGCGCGGACCAUGUGGCGCGCGCGCGGACCAAGUGGCGCGCGCGCGCGGACCAAGUGGCGCGCGCGUGCGGACCAAGGGGCGCGGCGGGCCCGCGCACGGACCAAAGGGCGCGCCCGCGCGAACCAAGGGGCGUGCCCGCGCGAACCAAGGGGCGCACGUGCGCGGACCAAGUGGCGCGCAACGCGGACCAAGGAGCGCGCACGCGCGCGGACCAAGUGGCGCGCGCGCGCGGACCAAGUGGCGCCCGCGCGGACCAAGUGGCGCGCGCGUGCGGACAAGGGGCGCGCCCGCGCGGACCAAGUGGCGCGUGUGCCCGUGCGAACCAAGUGGCGCGCGCGCGCGGACCAAGCAGACCAAGGGGCGCGCGCGGACCAAGUGGCGCGCGCGCGCGGACCAAGUGGCGUGCGCGCGCGGACCAAGUGGCGCGCAGCGCGGACCAAGUGGCGCGUGCGCGCGGACCAAGGGGCGCGCGCCUGCGCGGACCAAGGGGCGCGUGCACGGACCAAGGAGCGCGCACGCGCGCGGACAAAGUAGCGCGCGCGCGCGAAUCAAGGGGCGCGUGCGCGGACCAAGGCGCGCGCGCGCGGACCAAGCAGCGCGCCCGCGCGCGCGGACCAAGUGGAGCAAGCGCUCGCAGACCAAACCAGAUCAGCACUCACCCCAAACGAGCCCUUACCCCAGAUGCACAUCCUCCCCUUCUCUCCCACUCUCCCCAGACCCUUCGGCGCUUUGAGUUUGGGGUGGAGGUGCGGCUGGCGCCAUCACUGUGUGAGGGCACCAAGCUCGUCAUCAUCUCUCCUCGCUUUAUGGUUCUGGCGGACAAGGUGCGGCAGCCGUUCCACUGGGAUGACGAGAAGCUCGGCACGUACCUGGUGGCUCGGUUGCUGAGCAGCGAGCAGGAGGAGGAUGAUGUGGAUGAUGGCGCAGAGGAGGGGCCGGAGGAGGGGGAGGAGGAGGAUGGGGUCAGCUUUAGUUCUGAUGGAGAGCACAGUGAGGGGGAAGAGGAGGGCGAGAGAGGGGAGGGAGUGGGGGAGAAACACGCAGUGGAUGAGGUGCGAGGGAUGCAGAGGUUGCGGAGGGACUCAGAGGAUUCGGUUGUGUCGUGUGAGUCAAUGGAGGGUAGAGAGCAGGUGCAGGCAGGGGCGAGCAGCAUUAGGUCUGGAGGCUCCGAUGAUAAGAAGAUGGGGUUGCUUAAGGGCCAGGAGGGGACCGGGGCUAGUGUCAGGUUGCAGGACAGUGGUAGUGACGGGCAGCAGCAGCAGCAACCCCACAGCGGCGACAGGGGCAGCAGAAGUAAGCAGGUGGAGAACGAUAGCAGUAGAAAGGGGGAUGGAAGCUCGGGGAAGGGAGAAGGAAGCAGUAGGCGCUUGGGCGGGAGCAGCAAGUCAUCAGAAAAGAGCGUCAGUCACACAGAGAACGGAGCGGGCAGCGAAGGCGGGCGUACAUCCCAGAAGAAGAGUGCAGGGAAGGGGCGGCGGAGCAAAGGAGGGGAGAUGGACGUGGACUGGGACUGGUCUGGUGCGUUUGAUAUCGACAAGCCGGGUGAAUCAGCAGUGCGCAUCAGGCACAGGCGCAAGAGGGGAAAGUACGCCAUACUCUCCAUCGACGUCUCACUGAACGGCGCCUCUGCUCUCGUCACGUUUGGCAUCUGCGGCUCCAAGCACAAGCCUCCACCCUAUCGCAUUGAGAACCGCUCGGCCUUCAUGAGCAUCAAGUACGGGCAGCUCACCACCCCCACGCGGCAAAGGCUGCCUCCCAACCACUCCACCAACUACGCCUGGGACCAGCCGCGCAUGGCCCAGCUGCUGCAGGUGGAGAUAGAGGGGUUCGGCGUGACACGCGAGUACGAUCUGGACGGCAUCCGCGAGCUGCCCACCAUCAUCCUCUCAGAAGACGACUUCACUGGCAACGCAUCGCUGAGAGACAGGAUGUUUGUGAUGGUGGGGACGCAUGCUCGAGCUGUGGCAGCGCUGUACGUGAAUGUGUAUGCAGACGGAGCCACCAGAGUGCUCUCAUUCUCCGACACCAAACACACCUCCAAGGUGUCGGAGGAGGACGAGCGCACCACGCUGCAGGAGAAGCUGCAGGUGACGAGCGAGCGAAUCGCCUUUGCCCGCAAGGUGCUUCAGCGCGCCCGGGCUCUUGCGGGGGACACCCCACUGGAUGCUCUGGAGGCGAAGGCAUCGUACAUGGAGACUCCCGAGUACAGUGCAGCCAUGGCCAGCUUCACACCCAACCACCACCCCUCCGUGCCCUCCAUUGGCAGCAGCACCUCGUCUGCUCGUAGCACCAGGCGACUCCGUCGCAGCAGUAGCGACACUCCUCUUGCCUCUACAAGAAGCAAUCCCUCUGCUUCCGUCGUAACUGCCACUAGCGCUGGCAGUGUGAAGGAGCGGUUGUUUUCCAGGGCAGAUUCAGAGGGCUCUUCCCCUCGCACGCCUCCGAAGACCUUCCGCGUGUUUACUGGCAGUAGUUCUGUGCAUUCACCUGCUAGUCAUGCCGCUGGUGAUCCAAACCCCGUCACCACACCACCAAGAAGCCCGCCCCUCUUGAGAAGCUCUGCCCUCCCCUCCUCUGCAGCUAUUGCCACUGCCAAAGAGGCUCGGGCUUCAGGCUGUGGUAACGACAGGGCUGUCAGUGACUGCUUUGAUGGCUAUGCUGACCAAGUGAAGUCGCAGCCAGGCAAGGCUGAGCACCAUAGGAGUAUCAGCCACGGGACAGGGGUGCUGCAAGCAGGGAAAGGCGGGCUAUCGGCCAAGUUGAAAGGAGAGCGAAAGGCGGAAAAAGGGAAGGGUGUCGCGGAGGAUGAUUCAGAAGGAGAACCUUCGAAGGUGGUGGAAAGUGGAGAUAAAGGGGAAAGGAGGGGUGAGGAGACCCAUGCAGGCACCAGCUCACAUUCUCAAACAGGGACCAGAGGAUUUGGCCCUUCACGCCCUGAAUUGGCAAAGCCAGGGGCAGGAAGAAAUGCCGAUGCUGGGGAGUAUGCAGGCAGGGCUGCAAGGCUGGAAGGGCAAGGGGCGCUUGAAUAUCUGCACCUCCCUGCAAGCGCGGCUGCUGUGCCUGAGUAUCCGAUGAGACUGGUCGAGGUGACUGCGUAUGGCGUGCAGGCAGGAGCGCAGACUGUUAAGAAAGGGAUGGAGGUGGUGGAAGGGGUAGGGGAGGUUGCAGAGGAGACUUUGAAAGGGAAUGGUCCAUAUGUUGGAGCAGUAAAAGUAUUGGAUGCAGAGGUACCGGCAGGGAAGAUUGUGGAGGCGGUGAGGCAUGUUGAAUCCGCAGCAGCAGAGGUGAAAGGGAUGUUGAAAUCAGCAGCGAAGGCAUUGUCCAAGGAGAAAUUAGACGGGGCUGAAGCUGUGGCAGUUGAGGAAGGGGCGCAUCAGGGGGAGGUGGCCAAGAUGGCAGAUACAGCAGCAGCCGCAGAUGCAGCAGCACGUUCCGAUGUCUCAACUGCAGCUGGGAAAUCACCGGGUGUCUCAGGUUCAGCCGCUACAGCUGGAGGGCUAGCUGAUUCUGGUGGGGGGCCAUGGCAAAGAGUUAAGCAGCGAUUGGCGUUCAUGAGUCAGGGCAAGGAGAAGAGAAAAGCACAGCCGCCGGAGCUGAAACAAGAAGUGAGCAAUGGUGAGGACAUGAAAGGUGGAUAUGAUGGAAGAGAGGACAGGUCAGAGAGGCUUGUUCAAGGGACCAGUGGCGAGGAGAUUCACAGGGUUCUCGAUACAAAUGAGGCUUCUGAGAAGGCUAGGGUCCUUUCACGUGUGAGGGAAGGAUCUGAGGAGGGAAGCGAGGGAGAGGAGGAAGAAGGGGAGCUGUGCAGCCGCAGGGAUGCAGAAAACGAGCAGGGUGUAGGCAUGGGUGCUGGGGCGACUGGUAGUGAUGCUGGGAGAAGCAGCGGUGACAGGGCAAGGGGAGCAGAAAAGGAGAGUUCAGGUGUGGUAGACGUUGAGGGAGGGGGAGAGACAGGUGCAACCCCGAGGGAGGACAGGCAGGGGCCAGGCGCAGCAGAGGAGCAGGGCCAAGGGGAGGCAGCAGAGAGCAGGAAAGGAGAGACAGAGGGAGAUGGAGGAGGAGGAGGAGGAGAAGUAGGAGGAGGAAGUGAGAGGGUGGAUGUGCCUGUGUCUGCAUCGCUCCUUGGUUCCUCUCUGGCUGCUGCUCGCUUUGUCCUGGGGCUGAAGAGAGGCAAGGCCAGACGUGCAGCUGCUGUUAGUGAAGGGGAGCGUGGUUCUGAGAUAGCAUGUGUUGAUGCUGAGGCACAGUCCCAUCCUGCUGCUGAUUCUACCUCUGGUGCUGGUAGUGCGGUUGCUGGUAGUGUGGCUGCAGGAAGCGGCGCUUCUGCUGCUGUUGCAAAGAGUAAAGACGCGGAUGCUAGCUCAUCUGGUUCUCUGGCUCCCCCUAAUUCCGACAACGGGCAUACACGGAAAUAUGCUGGUGGGGUUGAGGCGGAUGCUGAUGUCACCGAUACUCAUGUUGAUGCCCAUCCCAGUGCAGCUGCCGCUGCGCCCUCUGGGUUAACUGCUGGUGCUGCCACAGGUAACAGCAGACAAACACAAAGCGGGCUCAAGUCAAGCAGCAGCAUCAAAGUGUCAUUCAAAUCAGCUGCUGCACGAAUCAUGAAGUCUGCUGCUGCCAAGCCCAACAGACCCAAAUUCUCUGAGGUGGUUUCUGGUGUCAUGGCCGGUUCUGGUUUCACGGCCGAUGCUGUUGCUGCCCUUGUUCCUACACCCGGUACUGCUGUUGCUGAUGAUCCUUUGCUGCCAGAAACAACAGUGGCAGCAAAGCUUAAGUCAACUAUCCACCUGGAGUCUCUCUCCUCCUUUCCACCACUCAAUCGCAACCGUACGCAAGCCACUCCACUCACUGCGCUGAUACCAGACCCCAACACUCAUAGUGCUGCUGCUGCUGCCUCCCUCUCACCCUCCAGCCGCAGCCUUGAUGCAUCUAGCAGUGGUGUUGUGGACAAGGUUAGUGUUGGCACCACUGCUGCCGUGGUCAACACGGGGAAGAGAGUGACAGGAGCAGCAUCAGCUCUUCACUCCGCCGCAACUGCUUUCCUUGACGGCACUUCAGAGAAAGUUCAGGAGAAGUUUCACGAGGCCCAGGAGGCGUUUGAGGAAGCAGAGGAGAGGGCGGGGGAGUGGGGGGCGGAUGAGGGGUUUAAAGUGCAAGUGGGGGCGAUGAGGACAGUGCGCUCUAUGGAAUCAUUCUUUGGGAGACAGGCAGAUAAGCUGGUGACAGCUUCCCGCGUUCCUGACAUGGUCAAAUAUGCAACAACUGCAGAGCUCCGGGCACGCUGGCCCCAUGACAGCUUCAGGUUACCGACGUCUAGAAGCGAGGGAGGCGAGAGUGUCGGGGACGGGGUAGAUAGUGAGUUGAUGCCUGUGCCCAUGUUUGAUGAGCUUCAAAACAUGGCAGGAGCGGCAGCUGCCGCGGAGAGGGAAUUUAUCGGGAAAAAUAGACCUUCUGGAUUGGUGAAGAGUGCGAGUGUUGCGGCAGGGCAGAUGGCAGCAGUAGCGAGGUUAGGUCAGGAUGUGGUCGUGAAGGCUGGGUCUGUUGUGAAGGGAGCUGUUGGGAGCGCCCUUGCUGCCGGCUCGGAGGCGGCUGUAGUAGAGGGUAAGGCCUUGAGGGCCGGGGCGGCUGUAGCGCUGAAUGUUAUGGGCGGGAGGCUGGGGGAUAUCAAGGAACACGCAGAGCAGGACUUGCAAGUGAGCCUCGCGGACUGGCGGAGACGAAUGCAGGAGGCGGGGCUUGGGGCGGAUGAGGAGGAAGACAUCAGUGAGUUGCGGCAGGAGCGGAUCCAUCUAGGCAACGAGGAGUACGACGCGGGGGCGAUCGUGGGAGGCGACGUGACCAUUCACGUGAUCAAGGCGAUGGAUCUGGGGCUCCGGCCGGAGAAGACGCAUCCGUACGCGGUGGUGCAGGUGGAGGGGCGGCGGCUGCGGUCGUCGGUGUGCAAGGGCACGGUGUGUCCGCAGUGGGACGAGCUGCUGGUGUUCAAAGGCGUGUCUACUGCGUCCAGCAUGGCUGUUUCCAUCUUCAGCAGCGAAACCAUUGGCUCACACAAGUUCCUCGGGCAGGUGAGCUGUGGUGUGGAGCUGCUUCCCUUGCUCGCCCUUGUUCUACUUACAACACCCGUGGAGCUGUUUGCGGUGGUGCUGCCGCUGGUGGACGGCAGGGCGCUGAACCGCGAACCUGGGUGGCACAAACUGAGUCGGCGCACGGCGCACGAGACGGUGACAGGCAGGGUCUUCCUGUCCACAUCGUGGGAUGCAACAGAGCUCGAGCUCAUGGCGCUGCAGGUGGGUGGGUCAGUUGCACGUGCGUGCAUGCCUGUCUGGUGUUCUAGUCAUGAAGCAGUGCCACUGCCACACCUCCCGGACUCACACCACUGCCUGUGCGCACAUCUUCCCCUGCAGCAAGGAAGCGGAGCUAGAUGCACUGGAGGAGCGGCUGGCGCAGGAGAGGGAGGCAAGCUGCGUGCCAAGGAAGCGGAGCUGGAUGCGUUGGAGGAGCGGCUGGCGCAGGAGAGGGAGGCGCGGCCGCGUGAGGCCGUCAUGGCAGCAGAGGCCCUCGCCAACCCGCACGCGCUGCUUCCCCACACGCCCUCCGCAGCCCUGCGCACGCCCACAGGCGGGGGGCCCAUGCUGCGCCGCAUGUUCACUCUGCGUGGCCAUGGCCCCGGGAUGGGUGUGGGCGCCUCCUCUGUGUCGCCUGGUGCAGUGCAACAGCAUGCUGCCAAGGGGCAGCUCAAGGUGAAGGUGGUGGAGGCGAGGCACCUGGCAGUGCCGGCGGAGUGGCUGCGCUCGGUGCACCGAAUGCACGCCUUCGCCGCACUCUCUGUGGUGUCCCCCGCGGGCACGAGCACGCUGCCUGUGAAGACGCGCAUCAUCAAGGGCAGCUUCUUCCCCAAGUGGAACGAGACUUUCAACAUCAACGAUGUCGCUCUCACCUCCUCGCUGCGCGUGCAGGUAAGGUUGGAAGGGUCAGGUGGUUCUAAUCCAGGUGGUGGUGGUGGUGGUGGUGGUGGUGGUGGUGGUGGUGGUGGUGGUGGUGGUGGUGGUGGUGGUGGUGGUGGUGGUGGUGGUGGUGGUGGUGGUGGUGGUGGUGGUGGUGGUGGUGGUGGUGGUGGUGGUGGUGGUGGUGGUGGUGGUGGUGGUGGUGGUGGUGGUGGUGGUGGUGGUGGUGGUGGAGAUUAUUGCAAUCAAUGGCUGGUGUUUGACAAGCCAAAGCUGGGCAGCCCGAACCUCCUGGGCGAAGCUACAGUAGAUGUCACCACCUUCAAGGAUGGGCUGCCACAGUACAUGCUGCUGACUCUCAAGCGAAGUGCAGGGAGAGAAGGGGAGCAGGAGGCUGUGGGCGGCAGCAUUCGCCUUCGGGUGCACUGGAUGGUGGACCAUGGGAAGAAGGCAGAGGAGAAGACUGGAGUCAACUUUAUGUUGAACCUGCAUGGGAUGACCGUGUCUGUAGUGGACCGCCUGCCUCGUGAGAUCAUGCUGGUGCUGCUGGAAGACAUCUGCUGCUCCUGGGAGGAGUCGGUGAAGGAGGUGGCGGGCAAGGUGGAGGUGGGCAAACUGCAAGUGGACAACCAGCUGCUCACUGCUCGCAACCCUGUCGUGCUCUCUCGCACCCAGGCCUUCCCAGCAGAGGCGCUCUUCCUAGAGCAGGGCAAGGAGCUGGCGAACCAGGCAUCGCUAGCCGGCAUGCUGAGCACGGAUCCCAAGGAGAAGGAGAAGGCGUUUGUGUCAGUGGAGUUCACACGCCUGCUGCAGCACCCCUCCAUCGUCUACUACCGCCGCUUCCUCUUCCAGCUCCAGGAGUUCGACCUGGUUCUGGAGGAGGAUUUCGUGGAUACUGCAGUGGCGUACCUGCAGCAGCUACCCAUGGAGGACCUGUGGCAGGAUAAGGAUAAGCGGGGCGGGGAGGAGGAGGAGGAGAAGAAGGGCGACGAGGAUUUAGUCGAGGAUAUGGCCGGGGCUCCCAUCACCAGGACUUACCUGACGCGUGACACCACCGUGGUGUCCCCGAUGUCCCGCCGGCACUUAGUUAAGUCUGAGCCGUUGGAGCCGUUAGUGAACAGCAGCAGCUGGGUGGCGGGCAACCAGGGCCUGCGGUGGUACUUUGAGCGCUUCCAGGUGCAGUCGAUGCGCAUCAACGUCACGCUCGUCAUGAACCCCAUCAAGAGCGACGCACCGCCGCCCUCUGGCAGCAGCUCCGAGUGGCACCUCCGCACCACCGCCUCCUCUGCUGGGUUCCCGCUCAUCUCGCUCACCCGAGCCCCGCUGAGGCUCAACAGUCUUGUGCUCGACAAUGCGUUUCAGAACCAGAGCACGCUGCAGACGUACGUGCUGCGCCACUACGGCGUGCAGCUGCUGCAGGGCCUCCACAAGAUCCUCGGCUCCGUCGAGCUGCUCGGCGCCCCGCUAUCCCUGGUGGACAAUCUCGCCACGGGAGUUAUGGACUUUUUUGUUGAGCCCGCCUCUGCGACCACGCCGGAGGAGUUUUUGAGCGGGGCGGUGAAGGGCACGGUGAGUCUGAUGAAGCACUCGUCGUACGGCGUGCUGCACUCCAUCAGCUCCCUUGCUGGCGGCAUCGGCUCUGGCUUCGCCAAGCUCACCUUUGACGACUCCUACAUACAGAGGUUCAGCCAGCGACCGGAGGGAACAUCACAGCAGGUGCUGCGAGGAGCGCAGGACGUGGGGCUGGGCUUCGUGGGGGCGGUCACAGGGCUCGUGCUGCAGCCGCUGGAGGGCGCACGCAGGGAGGGGGCCGUGGGCGCAGUGAAGGGCGUGGGCAAAGGGGUGGUUGGGCUGGUCACCAAGCCGCUGUCGGGGCUGCUGGGGUUUGCGUCGACGCUGACUGAGAGCGCCGGCACAGGGAUCCGGGCGAUUGGGGGGGAUGUGUCAAGGCGGACUGUCCCGCGCAUCCGACUUCCGAGCACGUUUGGGCGAAACGAUGCGAUUGCGCUCGAGCCAGAGGACAGUGUGGAGCUGAAGUUGGUCUUGGCCAUCCUGGACUUUGGGCGGUACCGUGACGAGCACCUGUUGGACCAUCUGCAGACGUCGGGGCGCAAGGCAGUGCUUUUCACCGUUGCGCGCCUCAUCUUCUACGACUGCCAGCGCAACGUCUUCUACUGGCAGAUCCCCCUCAAAGACAUAACCUCAGUGAUGGGAAUGGAGGGGCGGCUGGAGAGCAUAAUCCUGUACGAUGCGGAUGUGGUGAUCGCCAGCAAGAAGCUUCCUCUGCGCGUGCCCGCACGCAAGGUCAUCAAAACCACCACCCGCGAGCUCCACAUGGCACUCUUAGUUAAGCUCAACAGACACUUAGCCCGCAUUCGCACAGAACUCCCUUCCUCCUCCUCUCCAUCGACUCCCCGCCACGCAUCCCGUGAGCCUGUUGCUGCUGGCGCUGCUGAUUCUGGGUCCCUCUCACCCUCUCGCGGCCCCUCUGCUAGCUCCUCUCCUGCUCCCUCUCCCUCCACCUCCCUCCCUUCCCCACUCCGCCUUGCUCAAUCCCCUGGGAACGUGUCUGAGCUGAGUGCUGGUGGUGGCAAGGCAGCAGGGAGGCCUGGAAAAGCAGCUGAUGCUGGCGUUGACAAUGGGGCGAGCAGUGGUGGUGGUGAGACCUCCGGUGGUAGAGCAGGGAGAGCCCAUAACAGGAAGCAGUCAUCUCUGUCAAAGGCGUUGACAUUGCAGAGGGAGGAGCAGGAAGAGGAUGAGAAGGCAGAGAAGGAGGAGGAAGGGGCUUCUGAGGCGGCUUAUGUGUUGAGUGUGUCGGGUGGAGCCACUGCUGCAACGGCAGCAACACGUUGGAAAAAGCAAGCCAAUACGAGAGAUGGUGCUGGGGGAGCAGCUGACAAAGGCAAGUCUCCUGCCGAACUGACUCACAGCCGCUCAGCUCCAGCCAGAGCCAGGAAAAGCAGCUUUCGCAGGGGCAAAGGAGGAGGUGGAGGAAGAGGUUACGAUAUGGGCAAGCACGCUGUUAUACAUGAAGAUGUGGAUGUGGAUGCAGCACAUGUGGACCAGGACGACAGUGACGAGGAUGAUUAUAGCGAGGAUGCAAAUGGUGUGGUGGCAAGGGUGGCUCAAUUGGAUAGGGAGGAACGGCAGGAGGUGCGGCGGAAUCUGGAUGCGAUACUGACGACUUGCCAAGUGGCGAUUGCAAGUGCUGGUGGCCGAUCAGACCCUGCUUCAGCUUUGGUUUCUGUGAAAUUUCUCGCACUUGCGGCGUAUUCUCGUGUACAGUCGCAUAGGGCCCACCAGGCCACGUUAGGAGCAAGAGCGUUGCAAGGGGUGCAGAGGGGUGAUUCGCAAUGGGAGGAAGAUGUGUCGGCAUUGCUUCGCACAAUGGUGGCUUUGUCUGAGGGUGGUGAGACUGGUUCGUUGAGAGACCAGUCUCAGAUCUUGGGAACGCUGGAGGCAAUCUGCCACCAAGCCAUUGGCCGGAGCACGAGUCAAGCUAGCGCGCACAGGGCAGCGCAGGAGGCGAGUGACGACGAUGUGCUGAUAGAGCUCAAGGACGUGUACAAGUCGUUUGGCAGCAAGCACAUCCUCAGAGGCGCGUCGCUCAAGAUCCGGAGGGGCGAGGCGGUCGGGGUGAUAGGGCCGUCUGGCACGGGCAAGUCAACCAUUCUGAAGAUCAUGGCCGGGCUGCUGGCGCCUGACAAGGGCGAGGUGUGGAUAUGCGGCAAGAAGCGAGAGGGGUUGAUCAGUGAUCAGGAGAAUGUGGGCUUGCGAAUUGGCCUGGUGUUUCAGAGUGCAGCUCUCUUUGACUCCUUGACCGUGCGCGAGAACGUGGGCUUCUUGCUAUACGAGCACUCACGGUUGUCCGAGGAGGAGAUUCGCCUGCGAGUGAAGGAUAGCCUUAAGGCAGUGGGGCUCAAGAACGUGGAGGAGCGGUUCCCCUCGGAGCUCUCAGGAGGCAUGAAGAAGCGAGUAGCAUUGGCGCGGGCGAUUGUAUCAGACAGCGAUGCACCACAGCUAGAGGAGGAGGUGGUGAUGUACGAUGAGCCAACCGCGGGGCUAGAUCCGAUUGCGUCCACGGUGGUGGAAGAUUUGAUUCGCUCGCUGCACGUGGGGUCGUCAGUGCCUGUGCCUGUGACUGCGGAGAUCGCGGCUGGGUUGGAGUCGGAUUUUGAAACGGAGUCUGAGGAUUCAGAGGAUGAAGGAGUAGGAGAACGGAGAGGGGUGGGUGGUGGUGCGGGUGGGAGCAGCAGGGAUGGUAGCGGCAUUGGCAGCGGUGGUGGCUCCAAGGCUCGCAGAAUGGCAUCGGUGUCGUCAUACAUUGUUGUGACACAUCAGCACAGCACGAUUCGGCGAGCUGUUGACAGGCUGCUGUUCCUGUACGGAGGGGAGGUGGUGUGGGAGGGGCCCACGGAGGAGUUUGACACGACAGACAACCCGAUUGUGAGACAGUUUGCUGUUGGCAGUCUAGAUGGUCCGAUUCGCUACUAG